AUGUUUAAAAAAGGUCCAUUUAAAAGUGUGAAGAAAGCAAUUAAAACAUCUACUUCUAAUGUACAUACACCAAAACUAAAGCAGAGCUCUGGCCCAGCAAUUGAUCCCAAGAUAUUUAACUUAAAUAUCUUAGCAAAAUAUGGGGCAAAUGGAACGCCUGUGUGCUCAGCAUUUAAUUUUGUUCAAAGUUUAUUGGCAGUGGGAACUGAUACUGGUAUAGUUCAUGUAUAUGGACAAAACCAAGUAGAAGCAGUUUUCCAAAUAGAGCCUAGUAAUCCCAUUAAAAAAAUGGUAUUUGUGAAAAGUAUUUACCUAGUUGUUGCAGAUACUUCAAGUAAUGUUUCUGUUUUUUCACUGUAUUCUAAACAAUUAUUGACAACAUUUUCAACUGUAGCACAUAUUACCUGUAUGGAGUCUGAUCCAUCAAUGGACUGGCUAUUUAUUGGGUUGGAAGAUGGGUCUAUAAGUAUUCAUGAUAUUGAUCGUGAUAGUGUUUCAUAUAUUGAAAUUAAGAAUCAUCAAAGUGAUUUUGUUACUUCUAAGUCAAAAUAUUCACCUGUUGUUUCUAUCCAAUGGCACCCAAGAGAUAUAGGUAUAUUUUUAAUCUCCUAUGAAUAUGUAACAGUUACUUAUUCUUUAUUAGACAGGGAAGUAAAACAGACAUUUUUUUAUGAGGUACCUCCUGAAGCACCUGGUGGUGACUAUUCAAAUGUUACUAAAAAGAGAACUCCUAAACUUAUUCAGUCUUUAUAUCAUCCAAACGGUCUACACAUUCUAACUGUACAUGAAGAUAAUUCAUUAGUAUUCUGGGAUGCCGAAACAGGGCACUUAAUUCAAGCAAGAAAUAGUUUUGAAACCGAUAUUAAUAUCCCUCAACCAGGAAUUGAAGCUCAAGUACCUCGUGUUUCUUGUAUCCAUAAAGCAUUUUGGAAUUGUGAGGCAGAUCCAGAAUAUACAUCCCUUUUAAUAUCUUAUAACUCCUUAACAAAAAAUAUAGCUCAAAGUAUGGUGCUAAUGGAUUUUGGACUAACUCCAAAAUACUCUUUAAAUUCGUAUGAACAAAUGAGUGAGUUUUAUUGUAGCCCUAAAAGUCAAAAGUUGAUACCUUUAGAACAUCAGCAUUCAAUUGUUGAUAUGCUUCCAUUACCUAGGAAAUCACCAUAUUUCAAUGGCUGUCAUGACCCUGGACUAUUUCUCAUUUUAUUGGAGAGUGGACAAAUGGAAGCAUUAUUAUACCCUACAGGCUUAUUUACCCAAAUGGCCUCUUUAUUCCCAUACACAAUGUCUUGGAUGAGAUCUGUUGUAACUUGUUCAAGCGGAUAUUCUAUUACUGCAGACGUUGCGAAGAAGUUGCUAUUUGCAGGAAGAAGCCCUAUUAAUGUUUUACAAGGUGGAACUCCUCAAAAAGUCAAUAGUUUACCUUCAGGCUAUCAAUCAAUUUUAUUUACUGGUAAUAAGAAUGGUAUUGUUAGAAUGAGCGAAGUUGCUCGUGAUGGUCUUGCUUCUAAUAAUAUUCUAGAGAUUAAUAUCUCGAAACUUUUAAAUAAAGAGACUGCAGUAAAGAUUAAAAAUAUUUCAUUUGCUCCUCAAACUUUAGAAUUAGCUAUUGCAGCGGAUACUGGCGAUGUUGCUUUACUGAAGUUCCAAAAAAAUAUAUUAUUCCAAAAUAAAGACAAAGAUUUAGAAGUCAGGUUCAAUAGAUUUACUUUAAAUGGUGCAAAGGAAGGUUUAAUUGAUAUUAGAGAUAGAGCACCUUCUAAUGUGCAACAAGGAUUUAUGCCAAUAUCUAUUUUACACAUGCAAAAGAAGGUAGUUUCAUCUCUCUCAAACAGCAAUAUUGGAUUCCUGGCAGUAGCAUAUGAAGAUGGUACGCUUAUUGUGAUUGAUAGAAGGGGACCAACCAUAAUUUUUAAGGAUAGCGUAAAAAAUAUUUCUACAGCUCUAAGCAAUUAUAUUACAUCAAUAUCGUUUUCAAUUAUGCAAUUCGGCAAUGAAACAUAUUCCAGUAUUCUCUUAUAUUGUGGUACAGAUAUUGGUGAAAUGCUAUCGUUUAGGGUACUUCCAGGUGGUAACGGGCGUUAUAUUGUUCAACCAAUUGGUGGUGUUGUUGUUAACAAAACAGGCCCAAUCAAUCGUAUAGGCUCUGUUGCCAGAGGAACUAACCAAACUUGCGAUGCAGGCCUUUUAUCUAUGGGAAAGUUAGGAGAAGGUGUACUAAUACCAGGCUCAGUAAUUAUUUGUGGAUAUCAAGAUGUAAGAAUAAUGGAAAAUGGGAGUGUAAAGGGUUCGCAUUACUCUUUUAAAGCACCUGUUGUAAAAUCACAAGUAUGCCAUCUCCCAUUACCAGGACAAAAUGGCAGAGAGGUGAUUAUAACAGUCUUUGUUUGCUUACUCGUGGAUGGUGAUAUUAAAAUUCUUUCAUUACCAGAUUUAAAAGAGUUAAGAACUUUAUCAGUUAGUGUAUCAUCUUCGAAACUUGUAUCUCAAUCUGCUAUUAUUGGAAAUGGAAGACUUGUGAUAAGAAAUAAUGUACACCAAGCGGUAGCUAUAUCCAUUUUAAAUACAGAUCUAACAAGAGUUACUGUUGGUGAUCCUGUUUCAUUAUAUAAUGCAAGUGUUCGAUUACCUUCUAGACCUCAAGUUGGUGCAGUCCAAUGGGCAAAGGGUGCAGGAGCUUGUACUCCGGAACAAGUUGAUACUAUAUUGGCUGGUCCAUCGAGAGCUCCACCAAAAUAUAAAGAAAGUUCACUGGGUAUUGUUGCUGCCAAAAGACCUUCUAGAGUUAAAUUGGAAGUUAAUCAUGAUAUUCCAAAACAUCUGCAAUAUAAUAAACCAGUGAGGUAUACUGGUAAGGGAGGUGGUUAUAAUAUGGUUAAUUAUGUAUCAAGAGCUGUUGAGAGUCAGAUAGACGCUAUAGAGACAUCAGUUGACGAUUAUGCGACAUAUCUAGGUAAACAAAUGGAUGAUGCCAUGGAAGAUACGAGUAAAGAUCUAUUCAGGUCUGCAAUGGGUAUUUAA